AUGCCAGCUCCGCACCAUUCAUCACCGCCAGUUGAGGGGAAACCACCUGUUGAUGUGAAACCACCUCCCUAUAAAUCGCCUAAGACACCACAUUCAUCGCCUCCACCACCACCCACAGAGAAACCUAUGCCAUCACCACCAAAAGAAGGGAAACCACCAGUUGAUGUGAAACCACCUCCCCAUAAAUCGCCUAAGACACCACAUUCAUCGCCUCCUCCGCCACCCACAGAGAAGCCUAUGCCAUCACCACCGGUUGAUGUGAAACCACCUUCCCAUAAAUCGCCUAAGACACCACAUCCAUCGCCUCCACCGCCACCCACAGAGAAGCCUAUGCCAUCACCACCGGUUGAUGUGAAACCACCUUCCCAUAAAUCGCCUAAGACACCACAUUCAUCGCCUCCUCCGCCACGCACAGAGAAGCCUAUGCCAUCACCACCGGUUGAUGUGAAACCACCUUCCCAUAAAUCGCCUAAGACACCACAUCCAUCGCCUCCACCGCCACCCACAGAGAAGCCUAUGCCAUCACCACCGGUUGAUGUGAAACCACAUUCCCAUAAAUCGCCUAAGACACCACAUCCAUCGCCUCCACCGCCACUUACAGAGAAGCCUAGGCCAUCACCACCAUCUAUUUACUAA